AUGACGGACCCAAUGCUCCUUCCGCUCUCUGCUGCGGUCUUGGGAGCCACCGGACUCGUCACUUUGCCAGGACUCUUCGCCAGUUUAGCUCAAGCCCGGAAUCGUACACCUCCAGACAAUUUUUAUGAAGAUGUUGACGGGAAGGCAACACCAGAGACAAUGGCUGCCUUUUCAAAUAAGAAGCCAAAGGCUUGUAUCCUGGUGUUCUCUAUCCUGGGUUUUGGACUCUCCGUCGCCACUACCGUCUUGUCUAUCCUGAAUCCACUUGGUGAUGGCCUCAAUCUGGAGAAUUGGAUUACCAGCGCCACUUGGGCCGCUAUCGUCCUGCAGGCCGUCUUCAUUAGCGCCCAACAUUCACCGGUCAAAUCGCACGACCUUGGCCUGUGGGCUUUCCUCUCCUCCCUGAUCACUGCUGUCAUUACCGUUGCUCAGAUCAAUCAUGUCAGCAAUUUCGCAUCUCCGAAAAACGACGCUGAGCUCAUUGUACGAAUCGUCAAUGCCGUUACGCUAAUUCCCCUCAUCUUCUCGUGCAUAAGCUUGCCUCGACGACCAGAAGUUUUCUAUAAUGGUGAAAAGGUCGAUGCAGAAUGGUCUACCUCUGUUCUGAGUCGGUAUACUUGGAGCUGGGUCAACGAUCUCUUGAAAACAGCCAAGCGCAAGGGCGAUCUUGAUGAAAAAGAUAUUCCCAGACCCGACCACACCAUUCGAGCAGCAUCCCUUGUCGACGCGUGGAACAGGGCAAACUACCAAGGCAGCCUGUUGCAGUCCUUGCUAAAAGCCUAUGGAAAUCGUCUUGCGUUGCAAUGGUUUGUCAUUGUAUUCCGAUGCAUCAUUGGUAUUGGACCAUUCUGGACUAUGCUUCGUCUUGUCCAAAUGCUCGAGGAUCGCGAUGCCGGUCUUGAAGUUCCGCAUGGACUAUGGAGCCUAGUAUUUCUCAUGGGACUAUUCACUCUCGCCGAACAGUGGUUGGACGGCUGGAUUGUGUGGUUUUCCAUCACCAAGCUUUUCGCUCCCGUGAGAGGACAACUCGCAGCACUCAUCUUUGAGAAAUCAUUGCGACGAAAAAAUGUCAAGAAUGCUGAGAAAACUAAGGAGGAUGAUUCUUCCGAUGAUGCUAAAGAUAAGGGCAAGAAAGACGAGGAUGGCGACGACGAGGACAGUGUAUUGAAGUCACGCCAAGCAAUCGUGAACCUCGUCGGUGUGGAUUCGAAACACGUUGCCGACUUUGCCAUGAUGCAACUCUUCAUCAUCAGCAGCAUCGGCAAGCUCAUCAUAUACUCUGGCUACCUGGUCAAGCUUAUUGGUUGGAUACCUUUCGGUGCCGGUAUUUUGGCCUGGUCAAUCGUUCUUCCCGCCAAUACUAUCGCCGCCAAGUACUACCUCAAAGCCGAGACACGACUCAUGAAGAACCGUGAUAACAAGCUGGCCGUUGUUAACGAGGCCCUGCUGGGCAUGAGACAAAUCAAAUUCUCAGCAUUGGAAGCUCAAUGGGAGAAGAAAAUUCUUGAAAUGAGAGAAAUUGAAAUCUCGUCUCUCAAGAGUGUGUUCAAGGCUGACAGCAUCUUGUUCUUUUCCUGGGUGGCAAGCCCGAUCCUUCUUGCUGCAGCAUCCUUGGCCGUCUAUGCUGUUGUCAACGGGAUGCUUGCACCAUCAGUUGCUUUUGUAAGCAUUGGUGUCUUUAAGAGCCUAGAAGUGUCACUCUCCGCUCUUCCGGAACUUCUCACCGGAGGUAUCGACACCCUGGUUUCUGUAAGACGUAUUGACAAAUACCUGAAAGGCCCUGAAAUGAAGCGGACUCUGACCGAAGGCCAUGACGUGGCCUUUGACAACGCAACAAUUGCCUGGCCUGUGGACGACGAAGUUCCGGACGAGGAUCGAUUUAUUCUCAACAACGUUAACCUCUCUUUCCCGGCCGGAGAAUUGUCCGUUAUUUCUGGAAAGACCGGAUCAGGAAAGAGCCUUGUGCUGAAUGCUCUUCUCGGAGAAUCUGAUCUAUUGGAAGGCAGUAUCUUUGUUCCACGAACUGUCCCUCCUCUGGAGCGAAAUGAUGGCAAAGCACACCCCGGAAACUGGAUUCUACCUGGUGCUGUAGCCUAUGUCGGCCAGAGCCCCUGGCUCGAGAGUGCCUCACUCCGUGACAACAUUCUCUUUGGGUUGCCAUUCAUCGAGAGCCGAUACAAUACUGUCCUGGAUGUUUGUGCAUUGAAAAAGGAUAUCGACAUUCUGAAUGACGGCGACAAGACUGAACUCGGGGCUAAUGGAAUCAAUCUUAGUGGUGGUCAAAAGUGGCGACUUACGUUAGCCCGUGCUAUUUACUCUCGUGCCGAAAUUCUUGUCAUGGAUGACAUCUUCAGCGCCGUCGACGCCCAUGUUGGGAGGCAGAUCUUUGAAAAGUGCAUAUCUGGUCCAAUCUGCAAAGGGAGAACUCGUAUUCUGGUCACGCAUCACGUCACCCUCGUUGAACCUAUCACAAAGUAUCUGGUCGAGCUGGGCGAAGGUACUAUCCUUCACGCUGGUCUCACCUCCGACUUGGCUGAAGAUGGCACCCUAGAAUUGAUAAAGAGUCAUGAACAAAGUCAGCCCGAAUUACAUGUCGUGGACAGUAGUGGAGAGCCAACUGCGGUAAAUUCCGAGGAGGUUUCAGUUGAGGAAGCCAUGGAUAUUGAAGAGAACGCAAACACGUUACAAAAGGUUCCCUCAAAGACCGCCAAGAAAUUUGUCGAAGAUGAAGCUCGCGAGAAAGGCAAUGUCAAGGCUCGGGUGUACGGAACUUUCCUCAGCAGCAGCGGUGGAUGGUUCUUCUGGGGAGUUUGCGCCCUUUUAUUCAUUGCCUUUGAAGCUGGUAAUCUUGGACGUAACUGGUGGGUUCGUAUCUGGACUGGGGCGCCCGAAAAGCACACAUCUGUGAACGCUUCUCGUGAACACGGCAUUGUGUAUGGCCUAUCAUAUGAGCACAGCACUUUGCACUCAGCUUCGACUUCUCGACUAUUCACCUACGAUGCGGAACCAAAACAUACGUUGUCAUAUUAUCUCUGGGUCUAUGUAGCAAUUGCUGCUGCAAGUGGAAUCAUUGGUACCGCCCGAUUUGUGUGGUCCUUCAUCAUGAGCAUCAAGGCUGCAAGAACUCUAUUCCGAAGGAUCCUUUUCACAGUCUUGCGCACACGUUUGCGUUGGUUGGACACCGUCCCAGUGGGCCGCGUUCUGAAUCGCAUGACUGCCGACUUCGAUAUCAUUGACAACAGGAUCACAAUGGACCUUGGCUUCAUGUUUUGGCGCGUUCUAGGUCUCCUGGGUGUUUGUGUGGCAGCUCUUCUGGUGUCUACUCUUAUGCUCCCUUUGGCGCUCGUUUUGGUGAUUGCUGGUGCCUUUGUUGCCGUCCGAUUCUUGACUGGUGCGCGGCCCGUGAAGCGAAUCGAGAGCAAUGCCAAAUCUCCUGUGUUUGAGCUUUUCAAUUCCUCUCUGUCCGGCGUUUCCACGCUUCGGGCGUUCCAAAAGACUCAAACCUAUGUCAACCGAAUGCACUCCCACCUUGACAACUGGGACACAAUUUCCGUUCAUAUUUGGACCCUAAACCGUUGGCUGGGCUUCCGGAUGGCCUUGAUUGGUACUGUUUUCACCACCAUGGUGGGAGUAAUUGUUGUUGGGUCUUCGUUUGUCGACGCCGCCAUGGCUGGCUUUACGUUGUCUUUUGCCCUCGACUUCUCCGGCAAUAUGCUUAUGGCAAUCCGAGGUUAUGCCUCCUUGGAGCUGGACAUGAACGCUGCUGAGCGCGUGAUUGAAUACUCGGAAGUUGCAACCGAGGAUUUGGGGGGAGACAUCCCAGCAGCUUCAUGGCCUGCUACUGGCAAUAUGGAGAUCCAGGACCUUGUCGUCAGUUAUGCAGACGACCUACCUCCUGUUCUAAAGGGCAUUUCCUUCGAUGUUAAAAACAAUGAACGCAUUGGAGUCAUCGGGCGCACUGGUGCUGGCAAAUCGUCGCUUACUUUGGCUCUGUUCCGAUUUCUUGAAGCUAGGUCUGGCCGAAUUUUCAUUGAUGGAGUCGACAUUUCCAAGAUUCGGCUGUACGACUUGCGUUCUCGUCUGGCCAUUAUUCCACAGGAUCCAGUGCUUUUCUCCGGCACGGUUCGGAGCAACCUUGAUCCCUUCGAUGAUCAUACUGACGAAGAACUGAAGGACUGUCUCUCACGGGUCCAUUUGGUCGAUUCUAAUCCAGUAACCCCAGCCAAUGAACCAUCCUCGGCUGCUGGGUCAACCAUUGCACCUAAGAAUGUUAACAUUUUCCGUGACUUGACUAGCGGUAUCUCCGAAUCUGGUGGUAAUCUUUCACAAGGCCAACGUCAGCUUCUCUGUAUUGCUCGGGCUAUUGUUUCACGCCCGAAGGUUAUGGUCCUCGACGAGGCUACCUCGGCCGUAGACAUGGCCACGGACACUCUUAUCCAACGGAGUAUUCGGGAGGAAUUUACCGACAGCACUCUCAUUGUCAUUGCCCAUAGAUUAAGCACCAUUGCCGACUUUGACCGUAUUCUCGUACUGAGCGAGGGCAAUGUUGCCGAAUUUGGUUCUCCUCGUGAGCUGUGGGAGAAGGAGGGCAGCAUUUUCAGGGAUAUGUGCGAGCAUAGUGGUGAGAAGGCCAAGCUGAAAGAAGUCAUUUUGGGAGGUACGAACUGA